AUGGCUCAACUCCGGUCCGACAUCGCCGCGACAGCAGAGCUCCAGACUGCAUCACCAUUCUUCAACAAGCUCCCAUUUGAAAUCCGCGAGAAGAUAUUCGACGAACUAUGGGCUCUGCACGACACCAGAUGGCAUGUGCACUCUGCCGGUGACCACGCGGUCCCGAUGUUCCCCUGCAUUACCGGCCCAGACGAGGAAGACACGAGGUACCUCGAAAGCAUUGAGGCCCUCGAGAACGCCCUUACCUUCUGCUUCACCGAUAUUAUCGUUGCCAGAGACUUCCUCUCCAUGAAUGCACCAACCCGGAACAUCCGCAACAUCGAGAUCAGCCUGCGCGUGAAACCCCUGAUAACCGAGCUGUACUUCCCCGGCCCAGACGGCGAGCCACAGCCACAUAUUGCAGGCGUGCCAGUCACGGCGAAGGAUAAUCCGUGGGAGGACCUCUGCCGCCGCCUGUCAGCGAUCCCCAACCUCCGCGAGCUCCACAUCUACCUCGACUCCGAGGACCUCCGGCCCUGGCACAAGCGCGUCAACGAGCGGAGCUUCCUGAAGCAGCUCCUCCAGGCCAAGGCCCGGAAUUACGUCCUCUACCUGCCAAACAUCCCGGGCGAAGCCGGGCUGCAAGGCCUGCCUGAGACCUACCUCGAGGACGACCUACUGCACAAGGCGCCAUGUGCCGUCGUCCGGGGCCCAAGGCCGAACAACUGGCAAUUACACCUGUCCAGGAUAUCGCAUGUCCUCCCCGAGAACUGGACCCAUACCCUGUGGAAUCAGGCGCGCGACAGGGUGAUGCCGCAAUAUGCAUGA